AAUCUCGCAAUGUUCGCUUUCGCCAAAAGGACCUCUAUGGUUUCAGGCCUUGUCCAGGGGGCCUGGAUGCCACUAUUCCUUGUCAUAUGUCGUCCUACUUAGUCUCCCCUGAAGUUGUGGUUCGGCAGAUUCGUGGCUUCGUCUUCGUAACCGUUGGGUUAGAGAUUUGCUGCUCAGCAUUUGCCUCCUGUUGGCUGAACGCGUCGUUUCUCGAUGCUUUGGCUUGCACGCAGAUCACAGCCAUGUUGGUUUCGGUUUGAGGGCUUUGGUAGGCACACUUCGGCUGAUGGUCAGGCUGUUCUUGUCGGUGCUGAGCUCGUCAAUUGUGGGAUAUGGAGCAUGGGAAUGCACUCUCGCGACGUAAAUGGGAGCAGUGGCGCCUGGUGAUGACGGUGCUGGCAAUAGGGCUCAGUUCAUUGCAAGCGGUUGAUGCAGGGCUUGGGCAGUGGAGGUUAGUGACACAAAAUGCUGGUAUUUCAGCAAUGCACGCUGCAGUGGCGCCUGUCUCGGGAGUAGUAGUACUGCUUCAUCACACCAACAGCGGACCUUCCAACAUCACAUUCCCAGAUGGAAGGUGUAGAAACACAACCUACGAUCGACUUCUCAAGAAAGAUUGUUUCGCUCAUUCUGUCAUCCUCGAUCCCUGGACUGGGGUAGUGCGGCCUGUCAUGGUUAUGACAGACACGCAGUGUUCAUCCGGUCAAUUCCUAGGGGACGGCACUCUAAGUCAAACAGGAGGCGACGCUGAAGGGACCAAAAGGACAAGAAAGCUGUCCCCAAAGUGCUACACAACGGUGGCGCAAAAAAGAUAUUGUGACUGGGUCGAGGGUGGUAACGGCACGGUUCUACUAUCGCAGCGAUGGUACUCCACCAACACGCUUCUACCUGAUGCCCGCCAGAUCAUCGUCGGCGGACGCAAUACUUUUACCCUCGAGUACUUCCCCCGAUACAGUCCUCCGUCACCGAAAGCAGGACUCAUUUACCUUCAAUUCCUAAAUGACACCGCAGAUGCCAAAGGCCCUAACAAUUAUUACCCCUUCGUCCAUCUCCUGCCAACAAAUCAACUUUACAUCUUUGCCAACAGGGACUCUAUCCUCUACGACUACAAACAGAAUGUUGUGUUGCGGAAAUUCGACAAAAUCCCUGGCAAUCCAAGGAACUACCCUAGUGGGGGCUCGUCGGUGAUGUUACCGCUGCUAUACAAUGACAACUUUAAGAAAGUUGAGAUUCUGGUUUGCGGGGGAGCCGCGGUUGGCUCCGUCGCCAAUGUCAAGGCCCAGAUGAAUUGCUCUACAAGCUGUGGAAGGCUUGACGUCUUGCGAAAGAAUUCCACUUGGGCAAUGGAGACCAUGCCCAUGCCUCGCUGUAUGGGGGACAUGGUCCUUCUCCCGGAUUUGAAUGUGAUGAUCAUUAAUGGCGCUAAGAGAGGUUUCCAAGGUUGGAAGUGUGGCUCUGAGCCAACUCUCAAUCCAGUGCUAUACGAGCCUCGGAAGAUCGCAGGCAAUAGAUUCACGGUUUUGAACCCCACUCAAACUCCUCGGGUGUACCAUUCCACCGCCAAUCUCUUAACUGAUGGCAGUAUCAUGCUGGCCGGCAGUAACACAAAUCGGUAUUACGCCUUCAAACCCAAGACAUCCACUGUCGAUUUUCCGACGGAGCUGAGCGUGGAGACAUUCAUGCCUCCAUACGCGGAAAACCAGCCCAAUUCAGGAGGACGACCUGUAAUUAUAUCAGUCAAUGCAACCACUGUGAGGUACCGGUCAACACUUGAACUUUUGUUUUGGGAUUAUCCUUCCAACGGGGCUUCCGCAGCACCUUCACCACCUCCAUCUCCAUCAUCAUCUUCAUCCUCACCGCCACCACCGCCACCACCAGUUUCGAAUCCUGACAGAUUCGACUUCACAAUGAACAGCUCCCCCUGGUCGACGCACUCGUUCUCUCACGGCCAGCGAGUGGUGACUCUCUACCCUAUUAGCUUAACCACCCAGCCCGAAAGCAGGUUUGAGAAUGGACGUUGGGUGAAUGUGCGAACGGUUCAGCUGCGCGUCCCAUCGUACUCCACCGUUCUCCCACAAACCUACUACAUGCUGUGGGUGGUGAAGAAUGGCAAUCCCAGCACCUCAUGCGUUUGGAUCCGGGUCCGUGGUUAGUGGACAACAGAUUCCCAACUUUCACAGCUCAAUCUUGUCUGGGAAUGAUCAGUUGUGAUGAAUCUAGUAUUCUUUGGAUAGUAGUCUUUGCGAGGGGCCGUGACUUACGAGGCGUGUGCAUUGUAACUUCACACUUUGAUUUUGGGAGCUAUGAAGUCAUGUUCAGACUUGAAAAAGCUGUUGCUUACAUUCCAACGGUUGUAUAUUUAUUUUUAUUAGCAUAGCAAUUGCUGGUUACAUUGACCAGGCGGUGGUGGAUGCAGCCCAGUUAGUAACUGGCCCAAAAUUGGGGUGAUUGCCGCUGACAAUAUUCUUUUCAAUACAAAAAAUUGAGGUUAUAGCCUCAGACAUGACUCGUUUCCAUACAA